AUGCUAUCUCUGGUCACGGCAAUCUUCCAGAUUGUACGACACGAUGUUGCUGAGCAUGCAUCUGCUCACGAGAUGCUUAGACUGCCGUUCAAUCUCUCUCUAUACCUUCUUGCACCAGCUGAUAUGUGCUGGACGCGCUAUGGCGCUUCUCAGAUCGCAUUGUCGUGUUCCGUCUAA